UUCAUGCGCGCUGCCCGAGGGAAAGGUGUUCCGGUCGGGGAAAAAAGCCACAGAGGAAGAAGAAAGGGGGAGGAAGGGAAAAAAUUGGAAAGAAAGAAACUGUACGUUGAACAUUUUAGCGCAGUUUUCCGGCGUAGAGUGCGCAGUGCGUGUUUAUCCACGCGAAUAUGUGUGGCUGAGCGAAACGCGAACUUCCUCCCUUCGACUCGCUGCAGCUUCUGCUUUAUUGUUACGCGCUUUUGAGGACUUCCACUUUUGGGGAAUAAUGGUCAUUUUCUUCUGAACUGCACCGGGCAAAGUGGAGAUCCUGUGGAACAACGGGAGGCUUUGAUCUACCGUGUAACUUUUUGCUGGGGAAUAAUCGCUGGUGAGCUCGCGGACACUGGCGACUCGUUUAUCCGCGAUAAAUGAGAAACGUUUUCAACUUGGCUUUUUGAAAGCCGCUAGUUGGACAGGAAGGGGCCGUGGAGGAUCCCAUAACCUGUGUGUUUAACUCCAGCCCAAUCAAAGGAAGACGUGCUGGAGUUUAUUCAGUAUUUAAACCCUGCUCCCUUUUAAUCAACCCACAGCGCAUUUUAGGUAACUCUACAGAGAAAACGAACCAAGCGGUAAUUAUAAAACUUGCCAGUGUUUCCGACAACAGAGGCAGUGGAUCAGUGCUGGGGAUGAGACGGGGGGACUCGUCGUUUGAAUGGAGCAGCUCUGCGCGAGUCUGGGACGAGUGUUAAGGACUCUUUGAAGCCCUACAGUAGUUUCCACACAUUGGUUUGCUCACUGCUGAAGACAAGGCCACAAGUAGCUGCAAACAAAUGGAUGAACAUGCUCCCGUUCACUCUCCUGUCCAGCAAGUUCACCACAAGCAAACAGCUUGGAGUCAAUCCUCUUGUUUUCAAGUCUAACUAGCGCGACAUGUAGCCUGCAGAAAAUGCCAUAGUGUUUUUAUUUAUCUUCAAAGUUACAUAUUUAUUUUUGUAGAUCUUCAGAAAGUAUUAGUUUUUAACAGUUAGUGUUUUUGUAUGUGUUUGUGCGGAUUUGUAUUCUUUGUUUUUGGUUGUCACACAUCGUUUGGUCUGUUAUUUCACCUGCUGUUGAAACACUUGAAUGAGGUUUGUGUCCACACUGUAUUUCACCGUAUUUAUGUCGUACACUAUUUAAACUGUAGUCAUUUUCAGGUGGCAUCUAUAAGAAAUUCAAUUGGUACUUUAUAUUUUAUAUAUAUCGUAGUUGAGCUUAUAUUAUUAAAAGCAAACAAUGGAUCGACUUGGCAUCAAACUCAAGCAAAAGCUCAAACUGAGUGACUCUGGCAGUGUCAAAUUCAGUAAAAAGAAAAAUGACUUGGUCAACACGAAUAACAACAGCAACACCAAUAAUGCCAAUAAUGGGAUUGUGCCACAGAUCAACGCUCCCGCGAACACUUCUCAGUUCCCCCUCUCCACUUCUGUUGAGGCCUGUGGACAGUCAGCUGGAAGACCUGGGAAGGUGGGCUCUUCUCAGAGAAUCGCACCUCCCAAUAACACAGCAGUCCCUGUAGCUGAGGAUUGUGGGCCGGGGAUUGAGCAUCAUCCAUCGACUCUUGCCCCUCUGCGGCGCCGGUCGCCCCAGCAGCGAGCAUCAUGCUACCUACCUGAUACGUUGGAGGGCCGUGGUACCUGUGACCAGAUGAGACGAGGAGGUGAAGGUGACCCACAGGGGGCGUACAGCCCGAAUUCCCGUGCAGCCCUAAAGCAGCGUCGUUAUUCGCUGGAGCUCCAGCAGCUUGUUCGGCGGCAGCAGCUUCUCGCCCAACCUCCUCCUCUGUCGUCCGUACCCCCUCCAUACCCGACGCACAGCUCGGCAGCCCGCUUGUCUGCGGUGGAGCCCAGCUUCCUCCAUGAGAUGGAGCGGCACAAACGCUUGUCCCUGCAGGAAGCUCUCUUCUACAAGCGUCUGAGCUCAGGUGGUGAACCCUGGGAUAGUGGACGCCCUGCUUCCCUGUCCCAUCCACCACAGAGGACCCACGAUAGUAGCGUAGGGGGGUUCUUCUUCCCAUCUGCACCAGCUCUGAGCCCCUGCUCUUCGUUCAGCUUACAGGAGUCUGUGCUGGCGAGCCCUCGCUCCAGCUUUGCCAGCAGCACAGCUAGCGGAGGAGGUGGCGGUGGUGGGAGCCCUAUGGGAAGUCGGUGCAGCAGUAAUCGGACAAGUGGCAUCAGUUUGGGCUACGACAACCGGCAUACACCUGGGCCCGCUCAACAGCUUCAACUUUCGUCGACCCAACUCAGUGGCACAACUUUGGGUCAAGCACACCCUGCACCAGGGAAAACAGGAGCGCCACCUAUUGAGGUUUGGAGGGACUGUCUUGAGGGUGUGUCUGGCGACAGCCGUCACUCAUAUCCUCCUGCGCUGAGCACACAUACUGUAACCUUCCACCGUGCAGAACCAGACUGGGGUCCUAUUGACCAGCGGGGGUCAAGAGGUGAUGGUGUGGGCGAAAGGGCACGACACUCUGACUUACUAGGAACCCGCUACCAGCAGGAGCUCACCCGCCUGCUAUUGAGGGAUGCUGCCCUGGAAGGAGAGGCAUUACUUGGGGGUUUGACUUUAAAAGAACAGCCUGUGUCUGCCACCAUCCUACCCAGCUCCACAUCAACUCCAGCCCCCACCGCAGCUCCAGGCAAACCCCCGGAGGAACCAGCGGCUGGAGUGGACAGACAGGAGUACUUCGGUACAUGUGUGAAGUGCGGUAAAGGCGUGUAUGGAGCAGAUAAUGCUUGCCAGGCUCUGGACAGUCUGUAUCACACCCGCUGCUUCACAUGCGUGUCCUGUGGGCGAACGCUCCGGAACAAGGACUUUUACAAUGUCAAUGGCUCCGUUUACUGUAAGGAGGAUUACAUGUUCUCAGGCUUCCAGGAGGCAGCAGAGAAGUGCAGUGUUUGUGGGCACCUCAUCCUGGAGCAGAUUUUGCAGGCUUUGGGGAACUCUUAUCACCCCGGAUGUUUCCGUUGUACAGUCUGCUCGAAGGCUUUAGAUGGUGUGCCCUUCACAGUGGACUACCUCAACAACGUCUACUGCGUCUCUGACUACAACAGGACAUUUGCUCCCAAAUGCGCUGCCUGUUUACAACCCAUAUUACCUGCUGAGGGCAGUGAGGAGAUCCUCAGGGUGGUGUCGAUGAACAAAGACUAUCACUUUGAGUGUUAUCAUUGUGAGGAGUGUGGAAAGCAGCUCUCGGAUGAGCCUGGAUCUCAGUGUUUCCCUCUGGAUGCUCAUCUGCUCUGUCACUCGUGCCACAUGAGCCGGGUCUGCGUCACACACAACCUUCCUCCUCACAACACACACUGAACUGACCAACAUCACCUACUUCAUAUUCUCAUAUGCACACUGUAAAUGAUCGUCUUUAUGUAAAGCUAGAGGGGGGUAAUGCCUUUCUGAGACUUGAGGUCAAAGUACAUUUCAAAUGCAAAUCCCAGACCCGCUAUUGACUAUAUCGCCCUCUAGUGGCUGGGAAAUGCAGCAACUGAAUCCUGCUGAACAAAAAAAGAUUCUCUUGAGGUUAAGAUUAUUGUCGCCUGCUUGUUUCGUUUAGAGGGAGUCGAAAUAUCACAGAACACUGUUUUACUCCUGUAUCUACUGUUUGCUGUAGGGAAAAAAAACAAGGGAUUAUUAUUAUUUUUUUGCUUAACGUUUUUCUAUAUUUAAUUUCACUAGCUAAGAUUUUGCACUUAAACAUGUUUACCUAUUAAGAGAUUUUUUUUAAAUAAAGUGAUUGCAAAAGAUUAAAAACAUUCCUGUAUCUGUUUGAAUUAAUAAAUCUCUUUCUGUGUAUAA